GUGAAUGUUAGCGUCUGUCGUUCGUCAUGACGGUCGUAUGAAGGGAUUUCAAACAGGGAAUCAAUGACAAUUGCGAUUUAAAUAGGUGUAAAUAUGGCUCAUCGUUCCCAGUGCUCCUCUUCCGGGGACAACCCCCUGGACCCCAACUACCUGGCCCCUCACUACCGUGAGGAAUACCGAAUGGCUAUCGACGCCCUGGUUGACACUGACUUGGAUGGCUACUAUGGGUUUCUUCAGGAAGUAGAUGUGGUUGAUUUCUUAUCCCGUUCAGAGAUUGAGUAUAUCAGAUGCCUGGUGCAAGCUCCACACCAGACCGCACAACUAGAGAGGAGAUGCAUGGCUGAAGAUGUAGAUGGCUCUUCUGACACUUACUGGCCGGUACAUUCAGACCAUGAUGCUCCGAACCUGGACUUGGGCUGGCCACAGCAAUACAGAUCUGUUGGACCAACUGAGGUCACUACAUUGGUGAACCCGCCUGACCCCGAGAUGCCCAGUAUCAAAGAGCAAGUCCGCAGGAUGAUCAAGACUGCACAGCAAGUUAUCGCUGUGGUGAUGGAUAUGUUUACAGAUGUUGACAUCUUUGCUGAUAUCCUUGGUGCAGCAACACGUGGUGUGGCUGUUUAUGUUCUUCUUGAUGAACUGAAUGCUCAACAUUUUGUUUCUAUGGUGAACAACUGUAGGGUGAAUCUGGAUGAGAUAAAAUUCAUGCGGGUAAGAACUGUGUCUGGAAUUACCUAUUCCUGCCGCACAGGAAAGACAUUUAAAGGUCAGAUGAUGGAUCGCUUUAUACUAGUAGACUGCAGAGCUGUUUUAAGUGGUAACUAUAGCUUCAUGUGGUCUUUUGAGAAGAUACAUCGCUGUCUUGCUCAUCUGUUUCUGGGACAGCUUGUGACCACCUUUGAUGAAGAGUUUCGGAUUCUGUAUGCCCAUUCAGAGCCACUGGUUGUUGAAAAUGUUUUGGCAAAUAUGCCACACUAUGCUGGGGAACCUGAAGGCUUCUACAACACAGAAAAGACCCACAUGUUUAACAGACAAUAUCCAACUAUGGGCAUGGAAUGGGCCGAACGUACUGGAGAAGACCAUAUGAAAGUGGGUCAAAAAAUGUUACCCUUUAGGACUGAAUCCAUCCACAGUGCAGCAGAAGCAAAUCCUUCUGUUCAGAGGCACAUGGACCUGCAUGCUGAUCAACCAUAUAGAGGGGACCAUCAAUCUAUAGAGCAUGGAAGGCAAAAGAGAGGACCAACUGAAAUGGUUGGCUUCAAAAGGAAUAGCUACGGAAAUAUACCUGAUUAUGAAUACUUGCCUCCUCAAAACAUUCCAAUAAUGAGAGGAAAACAGUACAUGGAGGGAGCUGUGCUCCAGGGCAGUACAUUUGCAAGGGAACCACUUAUUUACCAGGGAGCUGAAUUUCAAUCUGGUUAUGACAUGUAUGGGAAGCUUAGAGGCCAAGGCCACCACAUUGAUCAGUUUACAGGGUCUGGCUACCCUCAUGAGGGAGAUGAGGCUGAACCAACUGGAGCUUAUGACCAUGUUCAAAGAUACCUGCAGUCUCAAUCUGCUAUGGAGGAAGGACAUGGUCCAAGAAAUGUAUUGUCACCUGUGCAGUCCAAUAUUAAGAGACAUAACAUGGGUCAAUCUUAUACCUGUCAGAGCUCACCAAAACAACCAAACCUGCCAGAACAGAAACGUUUCUUUAAUGUAAACCACAAACCACAGGAUAUGAGUCAAAAGCAAGGCAUGCGGGACUGGAGGAUCAGCUCAUACCUUAGUGCAUUUGAUGAUGCAGGAGAACUGGAUUUAGCUGAACUUGAAGGAUCCAGCACAUGUGGUGAUGUUCCAUGUUUUACACAGGAAGCUCCUUGUGGUCCUGUGCGUCCAGAAAUUAGACCAGGAAACAGAGAGUUUAACAGGAUACCUUCACCUAGGGAAAAUCCCUUGUUUGUCCAGAUUCAGAAUAAUUAUAUUGUGCCUGACAGUUCAGUUAAUCAUCCAACAGACUUAUCACAAAUAAAUAUCAAAACAACACCAACAUCAACUUCAGAGUCUUCUUGCACCACUGAGGGUGACAAAGUGGAGGAGACGCAGAAUAGAGAACCUAAAGAGACAAACCGGAUUAGUGAAGACUUCAAGAAGAAACCCAGCCGACCUUUCCAAAGGAGUUCCAGACUGAGACACUCACUGAUAUUCGGUUCAAAUUUGGAGUUGCAUACGUCAGAUGAGAUGAAAGAUACUGUGGGAGAAAAAGAUGGGGAUGAAGCUUCAAAACAUUCUCGUGUGUCACACAUCUUGGACAAAAGGAGGACUGGUUCUCCAUUUCAACCAUUUCAGUGGAGCGAUUUUGUAAAGUCAAAGACAUUUGAUAACUCUGACAUAGAGUCUGCACAACCUGAGGAUGAACUGAACAAAUUGGGUGAAAAUUCUGAUUUAGAUAAGGUUGAAAACUCCCAAAAUCUCUGUCCUCUGCAAGAAAAAGACCAACUUCAAACAGCAGUUCCUGAAAGAAAAAGCCAAAGGGAUGAAUGCCCAUCUAAUCUAUUGCAAAAGUCAUCUUCUUUCAUCGAUAUGAAUGACCCUGACUGUAGACUGAGGUAUUUCAAAGAGUUGGCGGCCAAACGCAAACUUGCAGCAGCAAAGGUUUCUCAGAGCAAUCCAGUGAAAGCCACCCAAAAAUUUGCUCUAUCAGAAAAACCUUCCACUAAUGACGCAGAUAAAAAUGCUGGACCUUUUUUCAAGACCCCAGAAACUACACUCAAGUCAAAAAAUACCACUGUCCCAGCACCAGAGAUCAAAGACACCUGUAAAGACACCAAAUUUGAGGAAUCAAGUAAAGACAUCCUGCAUAGAGCUACUGAUGCUGAAAAAAUUAGAUUUAAGAAAAAACUUGCUGAAGAAUCUGGCUCAACUUUAAAAAAAAAUAAAAAAGACACUGACCCAACUCUUAAACCUGUUGAAGAGGUAAGAACAGUAUCUAUUGCUAAAAACCAGACAUCCCCCAUUUUAAAAAUUUUUGCUCAAAAGCCUUCCUGUGUUUUGUCUGGUAAGUCCUCCGAUCCUGGCAUAAGUUCAUCCUCAGAACCUUGCUCAAAAAACUCCCUUUCUACAGCCAGUGCUACAUUGGAGGUGCAAAAUCAAGUAGAAUCUGUUGCAUUCAAUACUCCCUCAACAGAAUCUGGCCUCAUCCAAUUUCCCUGUCCAAAAGAAACAGACCACUCCCAUGCUGUUCUGACAGGGAGUUGUCUGCCUGUAAAGUUACCACAGACAAAGUGUAUGUCACCAUUAAGCACCACUAUUGCACAGAGCUCACCCAAUGUUUCUAGCAGAGAUAAUCUAUCUCUAGAUUUUAAUUCAAAACCAAACCUUGCAAUUGUAGAUACUAGUGUACCCUCAAAACCUGACCACAUAUAUGCAGUUCCCUUCCCAGUGAGGGAAAGUGGGCCUUCCCAAAAACCUACUUCAAUGGAUGGAGACUCUUCUCAACACCUUCCCACAUCAGAGACAGGCUUUUUUCAGCACCUUACUGCAUUGAGAGAGGAAUCUUCUCAGCAUCCCACUGCUACAGAAAGUGAAACUUCACAAAACGUCCCCAUUAAAACAGUAGCAUAUGCUUUCCAACAGCCAUUUGCAACAGAAAGCGAAUCAUCACAUCAUUCCACUGCAAAUGAAACAGCCCCCUCCCAACAGCCUACUGAAACAGGGGAAGACUCUCAACUCCCUGCUAAAAAUGGGACAGACUUUACCCAAGACUCCAAUGUAGCAGAAAGUGAAAUCUCCAAACAACUCCCUGUAAUGGGGACAGACCCAGCAAGAAAUGAACCUUCCCAACAGUACAUUGCCACAUGUUCAGACUCUUCCAAACACUCCCCUGCAACGAGGGCAAAAUCUUCCCAAAACCCCUCUGCAGCAGAAAUUGACUUUUCUCAGCAGUCCACUACAUCAGUGGUAGACUCUUCUCGACACCACACUCCAAAAGAAAGUGACGUUUACUCCAAACCCACUGCAACAGGUGCAGAACCUUUCAAACAGACUACUCCAUCAGCCACAGACCCUUCCCAGCAGUCCACUGAUACAGUCACAGACUCUCCUGAACCACCUUCUGUAAUAGAGACAGGUUCUUUUCAAAAGGCCAUUGCAAUGAAGACAGACACUUCUCAGCAGUCCACAGCAUCAGUUGUAGAUGCCAUCCAACAGCCAACUUCUUCAGGGGCACACACUCUCCAGAACCACACUGCAAAAGAAUGUGAACUUUCCCCAGAACCUUUCAGACAACCACCUGCAUUGGGAGCAAGCUCCACUCAACAGCCUACUACAACAGUCACACACUCUUCUCAACAACUCACUGCAAUAGAGACUGAUUCUUCUCAAAAGCCCAUUGCAAUGGAGACAAACACUUCUCGGCAGUCCACAGCAUCAGUGGUAGAUGCCAUCCAACAGCCAACUUCAUCAGGGGCAGACACUCCCCAAAACCACACUGCAAUAGAAUUUGAACUUUCCCCAGAACCUUUCAGACAACCAUCUGAAUUGGGAGCAGGCUUUUAUCAACAUCCUACUGCAACAGAGACAGACUCUUCCCAGCAGCCCACUGCAACAGUCACAGACUCUUCCCAGCAGCCCACUGCAACAAUCACAGACUCUUCCCAGCAUCCCACUGCAACAGUCACAAACUCUUCCCAGCAGCCCACUACAACAGUCACAGACUCUUCCCAGCAGCCCACUGCAACAGUCACAGACUCUUCCCAGCAGCCCACUGCAACAAUCACAUACUCUUCCCAGCAUCCCACUGCAACAGUCACAGACUCUUUCCAGCAGCCCACUGCAACAAUCACAGACUCUUCCCAGCAGCCCACUGCAACAAUCACAGACUCUUCCCAGCAGCCCACUGCAACAGUCACAGACUCUUCCCAGCAGCCCACUGCAACAAUCACAGACUCUUCCCAGCAUCCCACUGCAACAGUCACAAACUCUUCCCAGCAGCCCACUACAACAGUCACAGACUCCUCCCAGCAGCCCACUGCAACAGUCACAGACUCUUCCCAGCAGCCCACUGCAACAAUCACAGACUCUUCCCAGCAUCCCACUGCAACAGUCACAGACUCUUCCCAGCAGCCCACUGCAACAAUCACAGACUCUUCCCAGCAUCCCACUGCAACAGUCACAGACUCUUCCCAGCAGCCCACUGCAACAAUCACAGACUCUUCCCAGCAUCCCACUGCAACAGUCACUGACUCUUCCCAGCAGCCCACUGCAACAGUGACAGACCCUUCCCAUUAUCCCACUGCAACAGUCACAAACUCUUACCAGCAGCCCACUGCAACAAUCACAGACUCUUCCCAGCAGCCCACUGCAACAGAGUCAGAUUCUUACAAGCAGCCCACUGCAACAGUCACAGACCAUUCCCAGCAGCCAACUACAACAGUCACAGACCAUUCCCAGCAGCCCACUACAACAGUCACAGACUCUUCCCAACAGCCCACUGCAACAGAGUCAGACUCUUCUCAUCAACCCACUGCAAAUAUCACAGACUCUUCCCAGCAUCCCACUGCAACAGUCACAAACUCUCCCCAGCAGCCCACUACAACAGUCACAGACUCUUCUCAGCAUCCCACUGCAACAGUCACAAACUCUUCCCAGCAGCCCACUGCAACAGUCACAGACCCUUCCCAGCAUCCCACUGCAACAGUCACAAACUCUUCCCAGCAUCCUACUACAACAGUCACAGACUCUUCCCAGCAGCCAACUACAACAGUCACAAACUCUUCCCAGCAGCCCACUACAACAGUCACAGACUCUUCUCAGCAUCCCACUGCAACAGUCACAAACUCUUCCCAGCAGCCCACUGCAACAGUCACAGACCCUUCCCAGCAUCCCACUGCAACAGUCACAAACUCUUCCCAGCAUCCUACUACAACAGUCACAGACUCUUCCCAGCAGCCAACUACAACAGUCACAAACUCUUCCCAGCAGCCCACUACAACAGUCACAGACUCUUCCCAGCAACCCACUGCAACAGUCACAGACCCUUCCCAGCAACCCACUGCAACAGUCACAGACCCUUCCCAGCAUCCCACUGCAACAGUCACAAACUCUUCCCAGCAGCCCACUACAACAGUCACAGACUCUUCCCAGCAGCCCACUGCAACAGUCACAGACCCUUCCCAGCAGCCCACUUUAACAGUCACAGACUCUUCCCAGCAUCCCACUGCAACAGAGACAGACCCUUCCCAGCAGCCCACUGCAACAGUCACAGACUCUUCCCAGGAUCCCACUGCAACAGAGACAGACCCUUCCGGGCAGCCCACUGCAACAGAGACAGACUCUUCCCAGCAGCCCACUGCAACAAUCACAGACUCUUGCCAGCAGCCAACAGCAACAGAGACAGACCCUUCCCAGCAGCUCACUGCAACAAUCACAGACUCUUCCCAGCAGCCCACUGCAACAGAGACAGACCCUUCCCAGCAGCCCACUGCAACAAUCACAGACUCUUCCCAGCAGCCCACUGCAACAAUCACAGACUCUUGCCAGCAGCCAACAGCAACAAUCACAGACUCUUCCCAGCAGCCCACUGCAACAAUCACAGACUCUUCCCAGCAGCCCACUGCAACAAUCACAGACUCUUGCCAGCAGCCAACAGCAACAAUCACAGACUCUUGCCAGCAGCCCACUGCAACAAUCACAGACUCUUCCCAGCAGCCCACUGCAACAAUCACAGACUCUUCCCAGCAGCCCACUGCAACAAUCACAGACUCUUGCCAGCAGCCAACAGCAACAAUCACAGACUCUUCCCAGGUGCCCACUGCAACAGAGACAGACUCUUCUCAGCAGCCCACUGCAACAAUUACAGACUCUUCCCAGCAGCCCACUGGAACAAUCACAGACUCUUCCCAGCAGCCCACUGCAACAGAGACAGACUCUUCUCAGCAGCCCACUGCAACAAUUACAGACUCUUCCCAGCAGCCCACUGCAACAAUCACAGACUCUUCCCAGCAGCCCACUGCAACAAUCACAGACUCUUCCCAGCAGCCCACUGCAACAAUCACAGACUCUUCCCAGCAGCCCACUGCAACAAUCACAGACUCUUCUCAGCAGCCCACUGCAACAAUCACAGACUCUUCUCAGCAUCCCACUGCAACAGUCACAAACUCUUCCCAGCAGCCCACUGCAACAGUCACAGACCCUUCCCAGCAUCCCACUGCAACAGUCACAAACUCUUCCCAGCAUCCUACUACAACAGUCACAGACUCUUCCCAGCAGCCAACUACAACAGUCACAAACUCUUCCCAGCAGCCCACUACAACAGUCACAGACUCUUCUCAGCAUCCCACUGCAACAGUCACAAACUCUUCCCAGCAGCCCACUGCAACAGUCACAGACCCUUCCCAGCAUCCCACUGCAACAGUCACAAACUCUUCCCAGCAUCCUACUACAACAGUCACAGACUCUUCCCAGCAGCCAACUACAACAGUCACAAACUCUUCCCAGCAGCCCACUACAACAGUCACAGACUCUUCCCAGCAACCCACUGCAACAGUCACAGACCCUUCCCAGCAACCCACUGCAACAGUCACAGACCCUUCCCAGCAUCCCACUGCAACAGUCACAAACUCUUCCCAGCAGCCCACUACAACAGUCACAGACUCUUCCCAGCAGCCCACUGCAACAGUCACAGACCCUUCCCAGCAGCCCACUUUAACAGUCACAGACUCUUCCCAGCAUCCCACUGCAACAGAGACAGACCCUUCCCAGCAGCCCACUGCAACAGUCACAGACUCUUCCCAGGAUCCCACUGCAACAGAGACAGACCCUUCCGGGCAGCCCACUGCAACAGAGACAGACUCUUCCCAGCAGCCCACUGCAACAAUCACAGACUCUUGCCAGCAGCCAACAGCAACAGAGACAGACCCUUCCCAGCAGCUCACUGCAACAAUCACAGACUCUUCCCAGCAGCCCACUGCAACAGAGACAGACCCUUCCCAGCAGCCCACUGCAACAAUCACAGACUCUUCCCAGCAGCCCACUGCAACAAUCACAGACUCUUGCCAGCAGCCAACAGCAACAAUCACAGACUCUUCCCAGCAGCCCACUGCAACAAUCACAGACUCUUCCCAGCAGCCCACUGCAACAAUCACAGACUCUUGCCAGCAGCCAACAGCAACAAUCACAGACUCUUGCCAGCAGCCCACUGCAACAAUCACAGACUCUUCCCAGCAGCCCACUGCAACAAUCACAGACUCUUCCCAGCAGCCCACUGCAACAAUCACAGACUCUUGCCAGCAGCCAACAGCAACAAUCACAGACUCUUCCCAGGUGCCCACUGCAACAGAGACAGACUCUUCUCAGCAGCCCACUGCAACAAUUACAGACUCUUCCCAGCAGCCCACUGGAACAAUCACAGACUCUUCCCAGCAGCCCACUGCAACAGAGACAGACUCUUCUCAGCAGCCCACUGCAACAAUUACAGACUCUUCCCAGCAGCCCACUGCAACAAUCACAGACUCUUCCCAGCAGCCCACUGCAACAAUCACAGACUCUUCCCAGCAGCCCACUGCAACAAUCACAGACUCUUCCCAGCAGCCCACUGCAACAAUCACAGACUCUUCUCAGCAGCCCACUGCAACAAUCACAGACUCUUCCCAGCAGCCCACUGCAACAAUCACAGACUCUUCCCAGCAGCCCACUGCAACAAUCACAGACUCUUGCCAGCAGCCCACUGCAACAAUCACAGACUCUUCCCAGCAGCCCACUGCAACAAUCACAGACUCUUCCCAGCAGCCCACUGCAACAAUCACAGACUCUUCCCAGCAGCCCACUGCAACAAUCACAGACUCUUCCCAGGUGCCCACUGCAACAAUCACAGACUCUUGCCAGCAGCCCACUACAACAGAGACAGAUUCUUCCCAGAAGACCACCACAACAGCCACAGACUCUUUGCAUCAACCCCUUGCAAAAGAGAAUGAUUUGUCCAAGCAGCUCACUGUAACCGAAAGUGAAUCAUCUCAAAACUCCACUAAAAUGACGGUAGACACUUCUAAACAUCCUAUUGAAACAGAAAAUGAAUCCCUUCAAUACAUUACUGCAAAAGAGUCUUACUGUGUGAAUGAGAAAAAGAAAAAAGAUGAUAAUUUAUCCAAAGCCUUCAGCAAACCCAUUCCAGAUGCUAACAGUACUCAGGCAGACAAUAGCAUAUCUCAAAUUACAGUCAUUAUAGACUCAAGUUCCACAACUGAGCUUUCCCAAACUGAUACUGUUCCACCUUGUGAUAGCCAAGUGGAACUAAACCAAACACAAGCAUGGACCAAACCAUGUAUAACUCCUAUGGUAAAAGACACAGACAGUGAUGCUUUAACUAGUCUCAAUUCAGUGGAGGUGAGCUCAACUCAGCCUCAAGAUUCACCAGAGCUUUGCCUGUACUCAAAUGAGAUUAACUCAACUCAGAGAAUCACACAAUUAAAAUCUAGCAUAUCAUCAAACCCAAUGGAAUCUAGUUGUCUAAAUGACCAAAAACUAGAUGAGUGCCAAAAGAAUGAGACCAUUACAGAUCAAUCUCAGAGGCAUGACACUUCAGCUAUAGCUGAAGGGCCCAAGAUAACUCAGACAGAGGUUUCUACAACCCUAGACCCUAAACAAACAACAACAGAGGUGGAAAACUCUGUGACUAACUUUGCAGAGGUGUCAGAAAAAUCAGAUUUGACUGUACACAGUAAUUCAGAAAAUCAGUCUUCUGUUGCAAAGAAUCCAAAAUCAAUCAUGUCCGCCCAUCAGUUAUCUACUGCAAAUGUUAUCUCGUGCAGCAACCUUAGAGAUGACACUAAAGUUCUUUUGGAGCAAAUUUCAGCAAAGAACCAAAGGAGAUCAUCCCAGUCCAAGCAGACUCUUGCUGCACCCAAUGAAGCCAAAGAGGGCGAGGUUAGCUCUGCAGAUAAACUGUUCUCAAAUUAUCCGGGAAGGCACUGGUCCUCCAAGACUACACCAGAAGAACGGGACAUCUUAAUACAGAAGAUGGAGAAAAUGAGGAAAGAGAGGAAAGUCUACAGCCGUUUUGAGGCCUCAUAAUUUAAACCAUUGAAAGAGUGGCUCCAGUAAAGGAACAAUACGAGGGAUAGCGAUUUUGUUGUCUUACCUCAAAACUGUGAACUUGCACUGAUUAUACCAAAGAUUGCUGCCUAUAUUGAGAGGAUGGAAAUCCCUGCAAGACUUAACAGAUGAACUGCCUGACAAAAAAUAGGAACACAACCCUUACCAGCUGGAAUAAGCUUUCGAUAGAGCAGGUAUUGUGUGUGUCUAUAUAUAUAGCUGUGAAACGUAUUUCUGAAUCUUUUGUAAUUAUCGGAUUUCUGUAUCCAGAAAUUGUGAUCUAUAAGA